CCGUUGCCACCCCAUCAUUUUGUCCCACUUGACUCACUGUUAGUGAUCCAUCAUCCAUUGGCAUGCUAUCCUGCAUAGGGCUCGUCCGGCGACAUAUAUUUCCCACCUCUCGCUCUCACUUCAAGGGACUUACCCUGAUGGCAGUCUCAAACUCGGUUCAAUUUCCAGCCAGACGUACUAUCUGUCAACUGCAGAGAAAUGACAACUUCCACAAGGUGCGGCUUCGAACUCCAGCUGAGAUAAAGAGGGGAUUGCAGGUUUUGUUCUCCGUUCUUAGAGACCCUUCCCUCGCGGGACAACUACGCGAACUGAAGCUAGAUCGUACACCGUGCUUAUCGUAUAGGGGUGACCCUUAUGAGAUUCGGCCAACACAGGUCUUGCUGCCGUCAGAAGACCUCCAGAGGCUCCAGCUCGCCGUCAGAAACGCAGGGUUCAAAGGGCAAGGAGAACAUGAACAGAUAAUGAAUAUGCUUCUACAGGAUGUUAGCACGCCCCGAAGGUACGACAAUUACUCUUGCAUAGAGCAAUGAUCUUUCUAGGCGCUUACAAUUCUCAGUCCAUUUGACAAGUACUUAUAUUUCCAAGCGCAGGCACUAGCUGUCAUGCUUGUCUUCCUGUCACCUCAAUUGGAAUCCUUAGCCUUCUGCCCACUAGGGUUGCAACAUCCCUCCGAAACAUAUAUAUUCGAAAACUUUCUCCAGCGAGCCGUCGAUGAGAAGCGCGAUGUGGCUGGUCUGCAGAAUCUUCACUCGGUGAGAUUUCUCUCUGAUAUAGACAAUGAUAUGGAUGAUGGUACACUCUACUGGGAUUAUGAGGUUCAUGACUGCCUUAUUUUCAUCCGGGAGCUCCCCGCCAUUGAAUCCGUUCGUUUCGAGGCUAUCCAGCCGAGCCGCGAUGUACGAAUGUGGCCUCGACCACGUUCAGCCAACUACACUGUUAUCAUACUCCACCACUGUAUUAUGCAUUCGCCCGAGGAGUUGGAUAUCAUUAUCCAGUCAGCCAAGCGACUAAGGAAAUUUGCAUUUACAGUCGGUGGACGCUGCGAGCUAGACUAUGGUGUAUCACCAGUCAGUCCAAUAGCUCUCUUGGAGUCGUUGCUCACCCACCGGCACACGUUGGAAGAGCUGGAUCUUGACAUCCAGGCGCAUGUGACCUUCCGUGAAAUGUUCGAUGAGGAUCGCGGCGCGUCUUGGAGCGGCCUAUAUGAAGAGGUAGACGAAGGGCUCCAGGAUUGGGUGGCUCAAAGGGAAAAAGUCCUUGGUAUGGAAUCAAUGGCUCCGGAGUGUGCGCUGAGGAGCUUUCUCAAUCUCAAGCAUCUUAGUAUCGGCACCCAUGUUCUCUACUGCUACGCUCGCGGUUUUGGUGCCGGUCGUCUGAAGGAACCUUUCUCACUUGUUGACAACCUCCCCCCACGUCUGGAAUCGCUACGCAUCUACGGCUAUGGCUUGCCGGGUGAAUACCCACACAAGUAUAUGGAAUCACUGGAUCUAGAUAUAGAGGCCCAGAUAGCAAACUUUCUGGAGCAAAAGGAUGCAAGAUUACCAUCUUUGAAGGUUAUUGAGGGUAUCGAUGCACCUAUACCUCAUGGGCACUCCGUAGAAGGUUCUGACGACGAGCACCUGUUAUGGCAGCGUGAGGACUACGAUUGGGGAGCCGAUUAUGAUAGCUAAGCAUCGUCAUCUGGGAUUGUUUGGUUAAUUGCUCAUAAAUCCCUUCCCCAGUCUGGGCUUUGGUACAUAGCAUGACGCCUUGUAAUCUGAGGUGGUGUUUUCAAAAUGGAUAUACUCGAAUCACCAAUACGCUUUCUUGUUCGUUGAUCGGGCUGAUAGCCUGUUCAGUAU